ACUGGCCGUGAUCCUCUCGAGAGAGCUCAUCGCGCGCACUCUCUUUCUCUCUCUCUCUCUCUCAACCUCGACUUUUCGUCGUUUUCUCCCGGUAUUUCUUCAUCGCGCGUCCUGUAUCCGUUAGUUCGCAUUCCCGUCAACGUCACUUGUUCGUUUCCGUUUGUAAAUUCUCGAAAUUUCUAAAUUUAUCCUUUUUUUUCAAAAUCAUUGUUUGCCACCUUUUCGCGUUUAUACCGUGUUUUUUCUUCCUUUUUGUUUUGUUUUUGAAAUGACGCGCGAAAUACAAAAACAACUGUCAUUCGGAUAAUGUGCGGGUGAUGAAUUUCUGUGAAAAAAUGACAAUUAUUAAAAUUAAUGUCAUUCAAGUUCAAGAAUUAAGUGAAUUUUAAGGAUUUCGUCUUAUUUUGCAUUUCUUAAAGAGAAUGCAUUAAAUUCGAGGAAGAAGCGAGAAAGAGAUUUGAUCAAGGGCGCAAUAUCGAAGAAGAGCAAUGGUUGUCGAUUGGCUGUGUCCGGGACUGAGACCCACUGGUAAUCGGAGGCCCCGUCUUCUUCACUGCAAAGUGAUUCUUCUCGAUGAACACGAACUUCUUCAAGACGUUCUGAGUUCAAACUUAGGACAGGAACUAUUGGAUCGAGUAUUUCGACACCUGAAUCUUUUGGAAACUGCCUAUUUUGGUCUAAGAUAUCUCGAUAACGAAAAUCAAACGCAAUGGCUCGAUCCAAGCAAGAAAAUCAGCAAACAACUCAAAUUUCAAAAGGGAGAUCACAGCCUCGAUGUUCACACCCUCUACUUUGGAGUGAAAUUCUACGCAGCCGAUCCCUGCAAACUCAUCGAAGAAAUUACAAGGUAUCAAUUCUUCCUGCAAGUCAAACAGGACAUUCUUCAAGGGAGGCUCCCGGUAUCAUUCGACUUGGCAGCUGAAUUAGGAGCAUAUGUCGUUCAAUCUGAGCUUGGAGAUUACGAUCCCAGGAGGCAUUCAAUUGGCUACGUGACCGAAUUCCGUUUCCUGGCGAAUCAGACAUCUGAACUUGAAACAAGAAUAGUUGAACUACACAAGACUUUAAUAGGACAGUUACCAUCGGCGGCUGAGCUUAAUUACUUAGAUAAAGUAAAAUGGCUCGAAAUGUACGGUGUCGAUUUACAUCCAGUUUUGGGUGAGGACAACGUUGAAUACUUUUUGGGUCUCACUCCAAGUGGUAUAAUAUUAUUACGUAAUAAAACCAAAGUGGGAAAUUACUACUGGCCCCGAAUCAACAAAAUUUACUACAAGGGAAAAUAUUUUAUGUUACGUGUGUGUGAGAAAAAUUCAGAGGAAAGAACACAUGGUUUUGAAACACCAUCAAAGGGUGCGUGUCGACAUCUUUGGAAAUGUUGCCAGGAACAUCAGGCAUUCUUUAGAUUAAUGGCAACGGGACAACCGCCAUUGAGUCCAUAUUCACGUUUUCGUUCAUAUAGUCCGCCAUCGGGUUCGGAAAAACAUUUAACAAUUAGAAGAAAUCCACCGCCAUUUCAAAGAACGCCAAGUCGACGUGCACAACGACGCGUUGUUGAGGGUCAAGAAAUGGUUAGUCCUUAUAUUGAGGCACCACCAUUAAAUUCAAGUCCCGGGAUUAUAAGCAAUAAUACAAUGUGUAGUAAUAUUCAUAAUUUACAUAAUGUUCAUGGUAUUCAACAUAUUCAUAAUGUUCAUAAUUCACGUCACGUUAAUUCGAGUCCAAGAAGCACAAGAAGCGCACCAUGGAUGCAAAGUCAACCACGUGGUCUUUAUACAUCGUCUAGUCCUCGAUCCGUUCGUUCAACAGGAACGGCUCCAGCUCUCUUGAGCAGACUCCAAAGAAGGAGCAGCUCGGUAGAGAGUCAAAGUUCAGGGGAUAGUCAUAGUCGCGGUGGUCACAGAAGAAGAAGUCAUAGUCAUAGUCAUCGAAGGCAUAGUCGACAUUCCGAUUGUGAAUCCGAAAUGUCCCGGGGAUCUGAAUCCAGAUCUAAUCACCGGAAACAUCGACGGAAGCAUAGAAGCUCUCGAAAUUCUAGACACGAAUUAAUAGACUCUGAACCACAAUGGAGAGAAGCACAAAGACGAAAAAAUGAAGGUGUUCAAAGAGCAGUUGUGAGUCAUACCGAACCAAGAAGAAGGCAUAGAAGUAGGCACAGAAGUCCUUCUCAAAAACAAACCCUGCCUGACGAACUUAGAAAACACUUGGAGUUCAGUCUAGUCGACACUACAGGAAUGAGUGAACAACAGCGUCGUGAGAUUUCAUAUACUGUGAUACAAUCUCAAGGGAUGCAACAACAAAAUAUACUUCAAUCAAUAAAUCGAUUGGAUAAUAAUGUCGAUACAUCGGCGCCUAGAACAAUGGGAUCCAUUGGAAAAAGAGAACGACGAGUGGUUCAUCAUAGUCGUGAGGGAAGUUAUAACUUUUCAACCAUUCAAUCAAGACCAAAUCGAGUUUUAUCAAAGUAUCCUGACACUAGGAACGAGUACAAUACAAGAAGGGACAUUGAUAGUACUAAUAACAGCAGAUUAUUGAUAGGCAAUAAUGUGGACAGUGGACUUGGUGAAAGUACUCCACAGGACUUUUCCAGCUGUUGCUCGAGUUCUGCUGACAGCACUAAACACAUUCGUGUAACGCAAAGGCAAUUAGAAGCAGAGAGACGUUAUAGACUUUCAAAUCAAGAAACUUAUCCUCCAGUUGACGUUACGUUGGAUGCAGUUCUUCAACCAAUAAUAUCAACUCUCACACGAAAACCAAGGAAUCGUCCAAAAUAGAUUCAAGAGAAAUUUUUGAAUAAAAAAAAAAAUAGUUGUUUGUAAUUGCACAUAUUGUAUGAGAAUUUAAGUGAAACUUUUUAUACCUCAACAAAAUAAAUGUCUAUAAUCCCAUCAUUCGAUGCA